UGGAAAUAUGAUCAAUUGUCAGCAGCGUAUCUCUUGCUCCAGUCCAAGAAGGCUCGUGGCAAGUCUGUUCAGUUACGGGUUCCACCGGUGCGUGCCAGAACAAGGUGGCCAGCGGGCCUUGAGACUGAACAAGUGAUGACACCUGAAGAUGUGCCGGGCUGCCGUGAAAUGCCACGUGCCCUUGGAUCCAUGGAAUUUUCUGAUGCAGCUUCACUGUCUGAAGAAUCUCCGUUCGAGGAAUUUAUUCUAGACGCCUGCAGAACGAAAGAGCAGUCAAGGCAUGAUGCUCAACGGGAUGAUACGGAAUUCACACUGUCAACUCCGGUGACAAGAAAAGUGGCAUCAAAGAAGCGUGAAAACAAAGAGAAUGUUGAUACGGAGUCAGCUUUAAGAAGUGAAGUGCCCCUUGUGCCUCCUGCUCCAAAGACUCCGCUUACAAAUCCGACUGAGACGCAAGUACAAACCGUACCCUUCGAGGUACCUGCCUUCAAAGGGGGCCAGUUCCCUGUGGUCACCCCAAUUAAGAAACCUACAGACCCAGCAGACACAGAUGAACUGACAGCAGCUGAGGUUCCUCCCAAAAGAAGGCGUUGUGAUUCAGCGGAACCGGGUCCCAACCUAGCUCACGUGGAUAGCAGCCAAAAGAAGAGAAAGGCCAAAAUAUUUGGAAGCCUUGAAAGAGGCCUCGAUAGAGUGAUCACUAUGCUUACGCCGAGCAAAAAGACGCGAUCCAUUAGAAACCAUCCGAGGAAACUUAAGGCACACUAUAAUGUUACUGCCACUCAGCGACUGAAUCCAAACCAACUGCUGAAUGAAAUAAUCACUGUCCUUUCAAAGAAGCAUGUGGAAUACGUUCAGAAAGGUUAUAGCCUGAAAUGUCAAACACGGUCAGAUUUUGGCACAGUAACCAUGGCGUUCAAGCUGGAAGUGUGUCACAUUGGUAAACCUGAAGUAGUGGGCAUCCGGCGACAGCGGCUUAAAGGUGAUGCCUGGGUCUACAAGAGGCUGGUGGAAGACAUCUUCACGAGCUGCCACGUGUGA